GCUGCCGUGUUACACCUGUCCCCUCUCUUUCCUUGUCUAAGUUCUUUAGUCAUUGCUCCAUUAUGGCUCCAUUCAAUUGAGUCAUUGAACUGUUCCGCGCCAUAUGGAGGCACCAGCACAAAAUAGAAAUCAUUGAUUGAUCGGACUGUCCAAAAUAGAAAUCAAUCGUUGAUUUCUAUUUUGUUAUUUCUAUACACGUUGAUUUGUGGCACGCUAUCGCGCACCGCUCCUUUUAGAACCGUUCUCGAGCUCGAGUAGCCCCAGGCCCCAGGGCGUAAAGCCCGGAACUCGAAGUUUGCGAAUGGAGGACAGCAAUAUGUGUUUUGUGUGAUUGAUUAUCACUAGGAUUAUUAUUUAUGAUUAUCAUUACUGUGAUUAUCAUUGAUUUUACGUGUUGAAAUCGAAGCAAGAAUGGCGAAGGGACUGAAGGAAUCGCAGAAAAAGGUCUAUAGAUGUUCCACAUGUAGCUACCAAACGCCAUCUAAGUCCAGUCUUAACAGACACAAUAAUAUUCACUUGCCACCGGAAGAACGACAGUUGAAGAAAUCGCAGAAAAAGGUCUAUAGAUGUUCCACAUGUAGCUACCAAACGUGGUAUAAGUACUAUCUUAACACACACAAUAAUAUUCACUUGCCACUGGAAGAACGACGGUUGUUUGUUUGUGCGCACUGCGAUAAGAAAUAUAUGAGUAAAAAAAACUUACGAGAUCACCUUCAUAUUGAUCAUACUGAUUCCAGGGCAAAGGGACUGAAGGAAUCGCAGAUAAAGGUCUAUAGAUGUUCCACAUGUAGCUACCAAACGCCAUCUAAGUACAUUCUUAACAGACACAAUAAUAUUCACUUGCCACCGGAAGAACGACAGUUGAAGAAAUCGCAGAAAGAGGUCUAUAGAUGUUCCACAUGUAGCUACCAAACGCCAUCUAAGUCCCAUCUUAACACACACAAUAAUAUUCACUUGCCACCGGAAGAACGACGGUUGUUUGUUUGUACGCACUGCGAUAAGAAAUAUAUGAGUAAAAAAACCUUACGAGAUCACCUUCAUAUUGAUCAUACUGAUUCCAGGGCGAAGGGACUGAAGGAAUCGCAGAAAAAGGUCUAUAGAUGUUCCACAUGUAGCUACCAAACGCCUUAUAGGUUCUAUCUUAACACACACAAUAAUAUUCACUUGCCACCGGAAGAACGACAGUUGAAGGAAUUGCAGAAAAAGGUCUAUAGAUGUUCCACAUGUAGCUACCAAACGCGAUAUAAGUCCAGUCUUAACACACACAAUAAUAUUCACUUGCCACCGGAAGAACGACAGUUGAAGGAAUUGCAGAAAAAGGUCUAUAGUUGUUCCAUAUGUAGCUACCAAACGCCAUCUAAGUUCCGUUUUAACACACACAAUGAUAUUCACUUGCCACGGGAAGAACGACAGUUGUUUCUUUGUGCGCACUGCGAUAAGAAAUAUAUGAGUAAAAAAGCCUUACAUGAUCACCUUCAUAAUGAUCAUUCCAGGGCGAAGGGAUUGAAGGAAUCGCAGAAAAAAGUCUAUAGAUGUUCCACAUGUAGCUUCCAAACGCCUUAUAAGUCCCAUCUUAAAGCACACAAUAAUAUUCACUUGCCACCGGAAGAACAAAAGUUGAAGAAAUCGCAUAGAUGUUCCACAUGUAGCUACCAAACGCCAUAUAAGUCCCAUCUUAACAGACACAAUAAUAUUCACUUGCCACCGGAACAACAAAAGUUGAAGAAAUCACAUAGAUGUUCCCUAUGUAGCUACCGAACGCCAUAUAAGUACCAUCUUAAAAAACACAAGAACAUUCACUUGCCACCGGAAGAACGACAGUUGUUUGCUGGUGCGCAUUGCGAAAAGACAUAUAUGAGUAAAAUACCCUUACGAGAUGACCUUCAUAAUGAUCAUACCUGUUCCAGAAAUGCUGAUGAACUGAUACUAGAUUCUUUAAAAAUUGAAAUUGAUGAUCACACUCCACUUAAAGAUGAGUUUAAAUAUGCUGAAUCUGCCACUAGUGAAGAGAAAUUCGAAUGUUUUUUAAAAAUUGAACCUGAUGAUGUCACUCCAAUUCUAAAUAAUGACAUGCACGAUGACUUUAAAAAUGCUGGUUGCACAUCUGUAACUGAUGAAGUGAUAAUAGAUUCUUUAAAAAUUGAAAUUGAUGAUCACACUCCGCUUAAAGAUGAGUUUAAACAUGCUGAAUCUGCCACUAAUGAAGAGAAAUCAGAAUGUUUUUUAAAAAUUGAACCUGAUGAUGUCACUCCGAUUCUAAAUAAUGACAUGCUCGAUGUCUUUAAAAAUGGCGAAAAUUUAUCUGUCCGUGUGAAGGUGAAGUUGGAGGAUUUUUUAUAAAAAUGGAACCUGACGAUGACUCCCCGUUUCUGGAUGAAGACGCGCUUUUCAAACAAGAAAAUAUUCCUAAUUUUUAAUAUUUUAAAUAUUUCUAAAUCUGUCUGAUUUGUUUCUUUUUCACGUUUAAACUUUUACCUUUUUUAAACAUGUUUAAAAGAUUUGUAAGUAGCUGUGAUAUCCUAAUGUAUCCUGUGUAAUAAUAAUAUAAUAAUCUUGUGUA